AGAAAAGAAGGUAUAACUUAGAUAGAAAGGUCACAACCUUUCCCAUCACCCUCUGCUUGGAGUGUAUACAGGCUCCAAUCAGAACAACAGUAUCCAGAUCACGUAACAUGCUGGGCACACGGUUCACGAAGGGCAAAGUUUAAAGUCCAAUCUCUUUAGGGGUAGAAAAACAACAACUUCUCAGUAGUGUGGAAAAACGUACUAAAACUGUUACAGAACUAUAUUUGACGGAUUAGAAAGGCUUUUAGCGAUCAUGUUCAACAAUCAAAGCCAUCCACGCCUUACCGCGACGCUUGCGGCCAUUGUUGUUGGACUGGUUCUAGCAGUGUGGACUGCCGUAUCCCCAAUGUUAGUGGCCUUCUUGAAAGAGAACGUUGAGCCACUGGUUGCAAACACCAGUUUGUGGAGGAAUUCUGGGACGUUCUGUCAGAACCAAUGGCAGAAGGUCUACGACUGGUACGGCGGAAACGCCUAUCUACUUGGAACUCUGGGUAGUACCAAUGUAUAUGGCCUAACGUUUGCCGUCCUGAACUCCUUGUACCUGUAUAUGGACAUCACGGGGAGGCCUGCUGCCUUGGUCAAGUACAAGAUACAGCCGGACGUCAAUGCUCCUCCGGUAGAACCUGCAAUUUUACGCAAAGUGGCACUCCAACUACCAAUCACCGCCCUCGUUACAUUUGUCGCCAUCUGCCUGGCCUGGCCCAUUCUGAUGUGGCGGGGGUGUGAUUAUGGACGAGAGCUGCCCUCCUUUUGGAACGUUCUAGUGGACUUUCCUGCACUGAUGUUGGGGGAAGAAGCCGGCUUCUACUUUUCGCACAGGAUUUUGCACCACCCGUACUUGUACAAGCGUAUUCACAAGAAGCACCAUGAACUGACGGCCCCCAUCAGUAUUGCAGCGCCCUACGCCUAUCCCAUAGAAAAUGUUUUCUCUGGGGUCCUCCCACCUCUGCUUGGACCACUCGUCACUGGUUGUCACGUGAGCACCAUCUGGCUGUUCGGCUGCUACGGGCUGUACAUCACGGUCACGGACCAUUCCGGAUAUGACCUGCCCUUCAACUUCCGGUCUCCAGAGUUCCAUGACUUCCACCACUCCAAAUUCAAUUCUAACUUCGGUGUCUAUGGUUUGCUCGAUCGCCUGCUGGGGACGGAUACAGCUUACCGACAGAGCAAAGCCGCGGCGCGUCACAGAACUCUGAAUGGUAUCACUCCGCUCUCGAACUCCGUCAAAAAAUUCAAAAGGGACAAGAAACUGAAGUAAAUGAUGGCUGUAUUCUAACGAUUAUAAGGAUAAAUAGACUAAAGAAUGGAAACAAAAUGUCUAAGCCAAAUACUGAUUUUUACAUGGUGCGCAUUUUAAUCGGUCAUUUUUUGCCUUAUUUGACUAAAUUUUG